CGUGUCUAGCAUGCUCCGCCCUGUCCUUCUGCCUUGGCCGAUUCUUCCUGUCUAACGUUGGGAGGAUUUUAGCAGCUUUCCGUUCGCAGGUAGGUCGAGCCGGCUAAACGGAGGCUUGCCUUCCGCCCGACCAGAAGCUUGAACGAAGAGGUGGUUCCGCUGUCUCCCGGCGCUCGUCAUCCUUUGCCUCCUCAGGCAAAUAGCAGCGGCUGCAGGAAGGGAAGUGGAUAGAAAGAGGACUGCUGGGAGGAGCCGCUUCUGCGGGGGAGCUCGAACUGGAUUCCCACGUUUUUCUUUCUGGCAAUUUUUCUGUGUUUUCAACACUGCUUGACAGACAGAAAUUCAGUAGGUGCAGCGUUCUUCGCUACGGAGAAAAAGUCGAGCCGGUUAAGUUUCUGUCUGCCCAUGUGGUUGAGAUUGUUGAAGGGGGAGGAGCCCUGCCAGAAAAGAAGGAACAACAACAACAAGGGUAUCCCAGAGUCAUGGACUCAUGCCUGGAGAAAGGGCUUAAUUCCUGAAAUGAGAGACUUGGGGGCUUCCUCAGAAUCGCACAUAAUCCCGUGGGUGCUGUUUCUGUUGUGGCAGAUCUACUGUGCCUUUAACAGGUGUAUGAAGACGCAGGGGCAUUUCAGCCCACCAGCAUGGGCAUUCAUGGAUUAAUGAGCUAUGUAGGGGAACAUAGAGAGUUCUUUGUUGACCUAGAGUUGAAGAACACAAACGUAAUAAUUGAUGGAAAUAACCUGUACCAUCGCCUUUACUUUGAUUCAAAUCUGGACAUCCAGCAUGGAGGAGAUUAUGAUUCAUUUACAGAUAUCACACAUAAGUUUUUUGAAACAUUGACUCUGUGCAGCAUACAGCCAUAUGUUGUGCUAGAUGGAGGGUGUGAUGCAUCUGACAAAAAGCUUACAACCUUAAAGGAAAGAGCUCAGGAGAAGAUCCAGUCAGCUUAUUCCCUCUCACACGGUGGUCGUGGAAGUGUAUUGCCUUUGCUCAUUAGAGAAGUCUUUAAGCAGUUCUUGACCAAAUUACAAGUGCCUUUCAUCCAGUCUUUUUACGAAGCAGACAGGGACAUUGUGUCAUUAGCCAACCAUUUGAAUUGCCCGGUGUUAACUUUAGAUAGUGACUUUUGCAUUUUUGACCUGAAAGGUGGCUACUGUCCUCUGAAUUACUUUCAGUGGCGAAACCUUUGCAUAUGCAAAGAUUCACAAGACUGCUACAUCCCAGCAAGGUGCUUCUCAUUAGAGAGGUUUUGUAGCCAUUUCAGCAAUAUGAACAAAACCCUGCUGCCUCUCUUUGCAGUUUUAAAUGGCAAUGAUUAUAUUAACCUGCCAGCUAUAGAAAUGUUCUUUAGCAAGGUACACCUUCCUGUUGGAAGCUCCAGGCAGAAAGGUAGAAAGCACGUCCGCAUUCAGGGGUUGCUGAACUGGUUGUCUCGUUUUGCUGAUCCUGCCGAGGCUAUAGAAGAUGUACUGAAGUAUCUUAACAAGCAUGAGAAAGAGGAAACAAGACAGCUUCUCUGUACUUUUAUGGAGGAAUAUGAACCAUCCAAUGUCAAUCUCAAAGAUUUUUUUCAGAAUGGGGUUUAUGCAUUUGAGGAAGCCAAGAAAUUGGAAUUGCCUCAGUGGAUUCUUACUGCUUUAGCUAAAGGCAUUCUAGCACCAUUCGUUAGUGAUGCCCUGGUAUUAAAAAGAACAAUCCUCCAUGUUCAAGUGGAGAAUAUGCAAAGGCCUAGUGCUCAUGCUGCAGCUCUGCCAAUUCGACAAGUUAUCUACGGGUUACUUCUGGACGCUUCACAGACUUUGCUCAACUCCUCAAAGAAAGAGCACACUUCGCCCACUCUUGUUUUCUGUGAAUUUGACAGAAUCCAAAAAGCGCUCAAGAAAUCAUUUGUUCAAGCGGCAGCAUUGUCUGGACAUUUUUGUGGUGACUGGUACUCUCUGACUACAUUAAAUGAGGUUCCCUUAGCAGAUCGUCUGAUAUUUUUGUUGGAGACAUUUGGAGUGACAGCCAGCAUCCUUGAGCCAAUCCCUUGCCAGCUGUGGCUUCCUUUAGCUGUGACCUGUUACUGGACACAGCAUUCAGAGCCCAGAGUGAAGUUACAGCACAUGAAGGCUUUACUACUUGGAAUAGUAGUUGGUGAAUUAGAUAAAGAAAUACAUAGUCCAGAUCCCAAGUUUCCAUAUCCUGAGGUCAAUAAAGUUGUAUAUGACCAGUUCUUGAAACGGAAAAAAAAAACAUCUGAAAAGGAAUCAUUGGAAUUAGAUGCUGCACACAUUUUCUGCCAGUGGCAGUGCUGCCUUCAAAUGGGAUUGUAUCUCAACCAGCUGCUUUGUAGUCCUCUCCCUGAACCAGAUCUUGCACGGCUUUACAAUGGGACCCUUGUGCAUAGACUGUAUCAUGAGCUUAAAUCAGCAUCCAUACCAGAGAACCUACUCAGCGCAUCUUCAAAAAUGCACCAGCUUUAUUGCAGCAUGGUACAUAUAGUGAAAGAUGUAACACCACCAGGCUUCUUCCAGAAGAAGAAGAAACCUAAAUCCCACAGGAAAAAAAAUAAUGAAACCACUAAUCAAGGGCAAGAUAAAAGAAAAGGUAGUAUGAUGGAAACUCUGCCUUCAUGCAGUAUUAACAGAUUUGAAGUGUUGAUGGUGGAGGACUAAAAGCACACUGUUCCGGAAAGAGGUGAUGGGUAUUGAUCCAUUUAAAACUUCUCUCUCAAAAAUGAGUCUCCAGGAAGGAAUGGCAGGAAGCAUCCAGUGCUGCUAUGCUUGAUUCACUGUCCUAUUAAAGUUGGUUUUAAUUGCUUUAAAAAAAAAAACCCUUCUCACCUAUGAGUAGUCUGAGCAACUAGAAGUUGAUUUAUAGUGUAUUUUAUCCACAUGCCACCCUGACUACCCCCCUGUAGUAGCCUAUGGCCAGUGAAUAAAUUCCUAGGGAAUGGAAAUUUAUUCAUUCAAACUAUCAAGUUACACUUUCACACGUAUUUUAAGAAAAGCAGACAUUUAUUUCAAAAUUGCAAUAUAGGCUUUUCAAUCACAAAAAGAAAGAAAAGACAGUGAUCCGACAGUGGUCACAUCCUGUGCAAAGAACAUAGGUUACAAAAAAAGAGUACAAGGUACACAUUGCAGGAUAAUGUAAAUAAAUACAGGAUCUGAAAAUAUGGCACUCUGGUAACUUACUCUAGACCUGAUGGAAUGCCUCAAAUAUUUAAUAGUAAAGUCCCACCACCAUAAUAAAAGUAAAGGGUUUCUUUUUAAAUAAAAACUAAAAUCUUUAUAUCUAAUACACGUUUCUUUACAUGUAUAUAUCUUAAGAGCAAAAGGUGGGUCAGACUUUUGACAUUUAUUUCUUAUUAAAGUAGCCUCACACACACUUACAAAGUUCCAUUCAAUCUGAAAAGCAAAGUUUUGUCUUUGAGGGAAAAAUAUUACUAAAGUUGCAUAAUUGUUUAUUACCGCCCUGGCUGGAAGUUUAGAAUUGAACAGUCUUUUAAAAUUACCAGUGUUCAUCCAUCAGGAAAAAGGAGGACUUGUCAAAAGCCCUUUAUCUUCUCAUGUUACUUCCUCCUACAUACGACAGUAGUUUCUAGUUUGCAAACAAAAAGAAUGCAAUGUGCAUCAUACAUCAAGAAAAGAUGGCAAAGAUGAAGAACUGCCAUGUUUCUGGGUCUUCUCCCUGCUUUUUUCAACCUUCUUUAUAAUCUCUGCUACUAUACACACUGAGGAGGUGAGGCCCAGAAGAAACAGCAAGUCUAAACAAAAAAAAUGUUUUUUACUUUAAAAAACAGAUGAAUAUGAGUAUUGUGCAACUGCUUUUCAACUAGACAGGAAUGCAGAGCUAAAAUCAACCCUUUGCAUCUGAAAACAAUAAUUAAAAAGUGCUUGAAGCCAAGCUAUUUUGUCCUUUGGAUUAGUGUACAGGAUGUUUUAUGAUUGCAAACAGGGAACCACAAAUUCUGGCUGGCCUUGGUAGCCAAGCCAAAACAUGAGGGUUCCCAGGCCCCUGCUCCUUCGGUAAAAUCCUAUGCAUGCUUAUAAUUAAGUCCCAUUACAUUCACUGGAGCUUACCUGAGGUUAACCAUGUGUAUAGGUUUACAGCCAUAAUCCCUGAUAUUCUGUCGUGCCUUUUGGAGCUGGGGGAAUGGAGUGAAGGGUUGUUUGGUGGUGGAUGGUCACCACAAGAACACCAGGCACAGCCUUUUCUCAGGAGGGGAAUGUUGUGGCUAAAUGGUCCAACAGCAGCCUCUCUCUAACUUGGGGGGGGGAUCUUCCCUGUCAUUGCAUUGAACCCUUUUAAGCUUAGUGCCUUGCCCCCUUCUCCAAUUCUAAGCCAGAAAGGAAGGUGGAGGCUCAUCUAACCAAACUACAGUGGACCUGCUUAAUAGUCAGAGGCCCACAUUUCUGCUUGCCAAGAUGAGUUGAGGGCAGAAAUGUGGGCCUCUGGUUAUGAAAUAAAUCACAUUAAUGUACGUACCUCUGAGAAAGAAAGCCACCAGGAGCAAGGGCUCAAGAGCAAGAACAAUGCUUCAAUGUUACCAUUAUGUGAAAUAUACCUGUCAAGGGGACCAAUGCUGCGGUUACUCUUAAAAACAGGACAUUUUUGAUACCUUAUGUUUGAACUGUUCCCCAACUAGUUUUGCUUUGUGUUUUAAGUCAGAGGUAAGCUGGGAAUUCAUAAAAACAGGUAUAGGGACAUUUUUGUAACAGGUUCCAGAUGUUGUGGAGAGAGAAGAGGAAACAGCUUCAGGGGGCAAGGGAUGAGAACAGAGAAAUUAAAAUAAGACUACCAAGAAACUAACAGACACAUAAAGAAAGUCAUUACAAAAUUCAGACCAAUGCAAGAGCAAGUUAUAUUUUCAUAUUUGUACAGUACGUAUAUUUCAACUAUUUGUGGAUGCCUUAAACAUCAACAAAAUAAUGUAUGUUUCUAACAUUUGUUCAUUUGAAAGGCAAACUCUACUAAGCAACACAAAAUUUCUUACCUAGUAUGCUUAGACUCUCCGUUUGAAACACUUUCUGAAGAGGAGGGAAGUAAAUUACUAGUAGCUGCCCCAUUAUAGAUCCAAGCACUGCAUAGCAGAACAUUUUGUUGCUGCAGAGUCCAAUCUCAAACACAGAUUUAGUCUGCAGAUUAAAAAAAUCAUUGUAUAUAUGAUCUCAUUCUGGUGUGUUCCAGUAAACUGAAAUUUUCAAUCUUCACUCAAAAUAUAGAUUAGUAUAUAAAUAACAAUCCUAGUAACAUUGUGGUGGUUUGACAUUAUUGUUUUGAUUUACUUGCACCUUCUAUUAAAUUUUGAUAAUUUGCAGAGGCUGUUUGCACUUUUUCAAAAUAUUGACUGUGUCAUAUAAGGCCUCCAAUAUUUAAGCUAGUGCUGUGCUGUCUAUUGUCUGGGUUUUUUCCCUAGCCAUUCACCCACCCACCCCAGGAGGCAAGAGAAACAGUGGCAAACCGCACCAGGGGAGCGAUAACCUUUUACCUGCUUGUCGCCCUCCUCCAUAGUCAACAUAAUUUCAGUUUUCUGACACUUUUAUAGAGCGGGGAGGGUAGCUUAUGGGCUUCCCUUGGUGAAUUCUGACUUUUAUACUGUGUUUAUGUAUAUGGAUAUUGUUUAUGUAUUUUGCUUUGUAAAUUUGAUUUCUUUAUUGUACCUUGUGUAUUCUAUUGUAAACCACUUUGCGAUCUUUUAGAUAGUAAGCAGUCUAUAAAUAAUAAUAAUAAUAUAGUUAAACACAGGAGGUCACAUACCUGAGAUCGGGAACUCAAAGCAUUGAACAUAUCAAAAAAUACAAAGCAGGUAAAGGUCAUUGUUGUAUCUCGAGGCGUUAUGACAUUGUCCCGCAGCUGCCAAGAGAAAGUUUUAAUAUAUGCAGUACUCUGCCACUUUUCAAGAGAACACCCAACAUCUGAAGCCGUAAUACUACAAAACACCAGUCCGUUAUCCCAGUGUGGAAAUCUCAGUUGGCUGAUAUAGGCUCCUAAGCAUUUGAUGCUGGUAUCUAGGAAUCUAAAUUCAUUUCUCUGUUCUGUGUAGGACUGGUACCUAGAACUAUAAUUAUUUCCUACCUUUCUCAUAGCAUAUCUGCAUAAAAUUUUACAAAUAUAACUAAACCUAUUGAUUUCCAUUUCAUACUACCUUUAAAAUCUCAGCAUGAGUUGCUAAAGCUGCAACCCAAUACAUGUCUACUCAGAAAUAAGUUCCAUUGGGUUCAAUGGGACUUACUCCCAGGUAAGUGUGUAUUGUACUGUAUUGCACCCUAAGUCUAAGUUUAACUUCAGUAUAAUUGUUGGUAUUCUAUAGUUUCUUUGAACAGACUCUAUGCUCUUUUAUAAUAAUGAUUUUGAAAUACUUCUCCCUUUGAAAAGGAGACUCCCAUGCACAUUACCAACACUGGGUGCAUGGCACUACUUGCAUGGUUGUUUUGUUUUUAGAAUAUGCACUUUUAGGUUUGCAGCUACUGGCAUAUAAGAAACACUGCAAGCAGAUAAUUAAAAUACUUUUUUAAAAGA